AUCGAUCAUUUUGGGCGGAAGUGGUUCGCAUGCGCUCCUGGCUGCAAGAAAACCUAUAUUAGCUAUCAGCGCUAUGGCGGGUGAGGACGAGGAGUUGGUCCAGUCGGGGAAAAGUAGAACUCUGAUCAUCCGCCAUCUCCCUGCUGACCUGUCCAGGGAUGAGAAGCAGGAUCUACUCAAGUACUUUGGUGCCGUGGGAGUCAGAGUGUUCUCUGAUAAAGGAGUACUGAGACACACAGCCUUUGCAACAUUUGCGAGUGAAAAGUCUGCAGCAAAGGCUCUGAGCAGGCUUCACCAGCUACAGAUCCUCAACCAUACCCUGGUGGUGGAGUUUGCCAAAGACCAGGAACAUGUGACAGUGCUGAAAGACCCACCUGUGUCAGACAGUGCAACAGAUGGCAAAGAUGUGAAGAAGAAAAAGGAAGUGACACCACCGAGUAUACCACUAAUAGAGACUGGCACUGCACCCAAACUCGGGUUGAAAUUUCAAUCAAAUCCCAGUCUGAAAUAUUUAUAUCCACCUCCUUCGAAUGGGAUUCUGACAAACAUAACACAUGCCCUUCUGAGCGUACCAAACUUUUACGUUCAGGUCCUUCACCUGAUGAACAAGAUGAACCUACCGUCUCCGUUCGGCCCCAUCACAGCAAGACCUCCGAUGUAUGAGAUGCAUCCUGCCCCCCCUCCACCAAUGCCGCCCCCCUAUCCUCCCCACUACCCCCCCUUACCAGCAGAUGAGAUGGACCUCUCCAGCGAGGAGGGGUCUGAGUAUGAGAGUGGAGAUGACGAGGACAAAGAGAGGAUGAUUCGCCUGAUGGGUCUGGUCAACCAAGCAUGCAAGAGACCUCUGAGAACUAAAGUGUCCUCCAAGAGAAAGAAACCCAAGUUCAAGGACCUUCUCUUUGUCCCCAAGCCCGAAUCUCAGAGUGCUCCAGGGCCCAUCUUGCAGCCAUCAGAUGUGUUUGAGCAGCCCCAACCCUGCGGACAGAAGAAGAUUGAGUUCCACAUUUCAGCAGACGUGUCAGCCAUACUGGAAGGAGGAGGAGGCAACUCCACCCAGCCACAGGAGCCCACUGGGGAGGCUGAAGUAGCAGCUGAGGAGAUGCAGGCCACCACCACUACAGAGGAGGAUCCAGGGGAGGGCUUUGGGAAGAUCUACCCUGCCGCCCAGGCCUCCCAACUGGAGGAGGACAGUGAUGAGGACGAGGAUGUCCCCUCUGGUGUCAUCUCCAGGAAGGAACUGGAUAAGGGACGGCUGUCCAGAGACGAGAUCAAAAGGAUGUCCGUGUAUAAAAAUUAUGAACCUGGAGAGCCGACCAGCAGACUUUACGUGAAGAAUAUCGCCAAGUCAGUAGAAGAGAAAGAUCUGAAAUACAUCUAUGGGCGAUACAUCGACGUUUCAUCUGAGGCAGAGAGAAAUAUGUUUGACAUAGUGCUGAUGAAGGAGGGUCGUAUGAAGGGCCAGGCAUUCGUUGGUCUCCCAAGUGAGAGGAGUGCAGAGAAGGCCCUGAGAGACACCAACGGUUACGUCCUCUAUGACAAGCCCCUCGUCGUCUCGUUUGCCAGGUCUGCCAGACCUAAAGCGGACACCCCGGACCCCAAGAAAGGACCCAAACGAACCCGAUGAACAGAUAUUGAUGUCAAGUUGAAGUUACAUGGUGAUAGUGUGGCCCAGCAGUCAGUACCAUUCGUAUCCUUCUGAUUCUGUCAUAUCCUUUCCAAAGCACAUCAUACCAUCACAAUACCUGUGUUUUCCUCCUCUUUGGUACACAUUAGACCCAUAGACAACCAUGCCGUUCGGAAAUGAUCUUGUAGUUAAAACGCCAAACAUUAAGCAUAGCUCUAAUAUCCAGUGAAAUCAAGUAGUUUUAUAAUGAUAGGUUACAACCUAACUGCCUAACAUACAUUUUUUUAAAGAAAUCACAGUAUACAGGCUUAUGGGUUUUUCUUUUCUGAUGAGGGACAUAAUACACACCUGUUUGUAUCCUUCCAACAUGCACACACACUGAUUCUUGCAUAAAUUGUAGCGCCUGGAGUCAGUGUUAUUUAUCUGAAAUGUUCUUCUCCCCUGAUAAUAAAAAUAUAUAUAUAUGUUGCUGUGAGAUGUAGUAUUUUUAAUCUGUGAAAAUCAAAAUUCAAUAUUUGACAUCUCCCCUGUUUGGUUCUGAACUACAGGUGAUGGAAACCUCUGCAAACUGAAGACAACAUGUUAGGAAUAUAAUUUCUUCAGGGUUUUUUUUUUUUUAAAAUAAAAUAUUUUUUAUAUAUGUAUUGUCUGUCUAUAAAUGCCUUCUAGUCCACUGUAAGGUUUUCUUUAAUACUUUUUUUGGUACAUGUUACAUAAUCACACAAUGUCAAAGUUGCCUAAUUAGAAAAUAGAGAUAUGAAUUUACACAAAAAAAUUGGUGAACUAUCUGUAGGGUCACAGGAAUUUUUAACCUCAGAGAAAGUGAGAACUGAACAGGAGAGAGAGUAGGUAAAUAUAGACAGUGAAAGCCAUUUGAAAUUUGAAUUGGCUGUGAGCUGCAGCAACAGAUGGUGGUGUCAACGCUGUAGACUAGAGUAACACACUCCUGACGAGACGAGAUAAACAAGCAAACAAACACGGACUGUGAAAGAUGCUGGUAGGCAGAGACUGAGUCCGUCAACGUGGCUGUACUCUGGAUUCAUGAUGAUUGCUAGAUUGUAUUGGGGAUGGAGCAAAGUGCACACUGGAGGAAGGACAGGAGAGGUGUUCAGAGGUGCUUAAAGGAAGGCGCACAGUAUCUGCAUGAACCAUCAGGCCAAGUGUUUUUGGUUGACCCUGCUGGACAGAAAGAGGAGGAAUCGGAACACGCUGCAUUCAAAUUCAGAUCUCUGCUGCCAAUGACUGGAACGAAUUGAAAAAAAAUCACUGAAGCUGGAGACUCAUAUCUCCCUCACUAUCUAGAAUACUUCAAAAUGAGAAGAUCCUGCCAUGGAAAAGACGACUGGGCGGACAUAAAGUGUAAAGGAGGGGAAAUAACUCCCACCAUGCAGCAGGACACCUUCAGCUGUGUGGUCUUUGUAAUGCAGGUUUGAUAGUUAUAUUUUCAAUAAUGAAUGGUUAGCUGUUAUGUGACAAUGAGGUCAAAAACUCUAUUGCUCUAUUGCUCAGAACUUCCCCAACAUCCCCUCCCAAAUUGAUAUGGAACCUUCAAAAACACAUGGAGCAACUGUGAACAGAAAUGGCUGAGGAUAUACUAAAAAUGUCUGGUAAUGACAUUUAAUUCAAAGUUAAUGUAAAUUCUUUAUUUUUAUGUAGUUGUGUGUUCAGCCAUAUGUUCAGUUCAUGCCUAUGAUUUCAGAGUUCAACAAAGCCAACAACUGCUUCAUGUGUGCCACUGAUAAAGAAUCUGGAUGUGGCCCAAAGACUGCCUGGGAAUGAAGACAAAAGAGCUCAACAGAGUAAAGAACACAAACUGGAAGUGCAGUCGGUUGUUGUUGAAAAUGUAUGCUAUACCCCAUCCACACUGAAGAGGCUCUGAAAUGUACAUCAACCAGGGAUAAAGAGAACGUUAACACUGUGAAAUGUUUCAUACUUAAUUGAAGUUAAGUGUCUGUUGACAUGUUGGAAAAGAUUAAAGGUUUACAAUUUG